CAGCUUAUCAAAGUCCUCUCGCAUGCGAGCAAUACAUCGAUUUGUCUCUUGACAGCUCAAACAUGGCCUCCGUACACUAUGUUAUCCCCCUUGAAUUCCUCCCAGACAACGACGGGGUGAUAAAUCAUCACAGCCCACCAGAGCAGCUCGAACCCGAUGCAACGCUCUGGUAUCCGAUCUUGAGAUUGGUAGAUGAUAUGAUUCCGUUCGUACACUGUACACGGCCCUCCAUACGACACCUUUCCUCGGCCAGCUCAGCUCUGAGGUCGACCGAGCAAGUUGUCGGCGUUCAUGAUCCUCUCCUACCGUACCUGACAUUGCCCACUUUAUAUUUUUGUUGCCAGUGUGGUGACGGCCCGAAAGCAUGGGGUAACCAGCCAAGGUGUGUUCUCUGUCAACACAGUAUAUGUAGUUAUUGCAAGCCGGUCAAAUGAUAGAACCUUCAUGUAUGGGCCAUAUGGUUCGUUGGCAAGGGAUUCCGUCAUUAUGUUCUUCUUCCAAGUGUGUAUGCAUACUUGGGAUCGUCCCAUAUAUGUCAAGCCCGCAUUAGGACGGCGUCAUCAACCUGGUCUCAGGAUCAGGCCUCGCACAUACUAGGGCCUAGUCUGUUUCGAUUCAUCUAUCGAAACUCGAGGGACCUCGUUUAGAAGUGUCAUUUAACUUAAAUCAU